AUGAAGCAUUGUAUAUUAAUUUUUGGCCUGUGUAUUGUAGGACAAUUUAUGAAUGGAUAUUCUUUAUCGGGCGUCUCAAGACGCGCAAGUAAGUCAGAUGAAUCGGGAAAUAGCGAUGAAGAUGCAAAUAAGAUGAAUCAUCAGAUAGCAAAGGGAGUAAUCAUAUACACAAAGGAUUUCGAUGGUAUGAGAUUAGAAAUUCCUAAUAAAGGUAACCAAAGUGAUGAUGAUGACUCUGGAAAUGAUGGUAUCAAUCCCGAUUAUAUGGAAGAAGAUGAUGUCCAGGAUAAUGAAGAGGAUAAAAAUGUUGAUGACAGUGACAAUGACGAAGAAAAUGACGGUUAUGAUGACGCUGAUGAUAACAAAAGAAAUCCAACAAAUGAUACAAAUAACAUAACGAUGCGGGAAACUUUUAAAAGGUUCGUGAACGAAAUGAAAUUUGGUGACACAGCUGAUCUUCUUGGACAUAAUCAGCACAUAUUUCAAUCUCCGAUCUAUAUGGAUUUGGGACGAAGAUUCGUACCACAGUACAAAUAUAGUGACGUAAACAAAGAGACGGCCGCUGAACACAAUGGUGAUCUUAUACCAGAAAAGGCGCCUCCUGAACUGGUGUUGGUGGUGGCAAAGGAAUCUGCAUUGUUGGGACCGGACAAAGAAAAUGACUUAGGAGAUAUCGAUCAGAAGAAAAUAUUAAGAUCAGGGGAUUAUUGGAAUUCUGUUUGGAAAGAAGAAGUCAAAACUCCUUUGCGGUCAGCUCCUGAGAAGAAAGUAUUGGUAUACAAAGAGACGGCCGCUGAACACAAUGGUGAUCUUAUACCAGAGAAGGCGCCGCCUGAACUGGUGUUGGUGGUGGCAAAGGAAUCUGCAUUGUUGGGACCGGACAAAGAAAAUGACUUAGGAGAUAUAGAUCAGAAGAAAAUAUUAAGAUCAGGGGAUUACUGGAAUUCUGUUUGGAAAGAAGAAGUUGAUAUCAAAACUCCUUUGCGGUCAUCUCCUGAGAAGAAAGUAUUGGGAUCAAUAAAAGCGAAAAUAAAACCAGGAACGGAAUUUCACAAGGUGGUGUCUCGAAUGAAGAAAAUGUCACCGCGACUGCUUUAUAUUAUUAAUAAAAAACUUCAUUGA